AUGAUGUCUAAAUAUUACAUACUGGUAAUUCUAACCAGUUUACUGUUGAAUGUUGCUUCAGCAUUUGAUCUUUUCGGAAGACUACAUUAUCUAGGGCCUGUUCAGUACUAUUUCCCAUUCUCUAUUAAAAAAGGUAGUGUGUUUGCAAUUACUCGCUGUAAACAUGCUUGGUUUCACGACAAUUUAAAUAAUCAAGGUGAUAUCUGUGUUAGUUCCGCAAACGUGACUGGUAACUCCUUUCAAAACGACGGUAAUUUUCUUUUAAGUGACGCCACCGAUUUAAGUUUAACAGACUUUUCUAAUAAUGGUUUCUUUGCUAUGCGCGACACUGUUAGACCUAUUGGUACUACUAAGCUAUUCGCCAAAAAUAGUUUUAUUAACCUCGGUAUUAUCCACAUUGAAACUAUUUUGCAACACACUCUAGGUACAGGUGGUGCUAACAUGCUAAACAGGGGCACUAUUGUCCUUAAUGGUGGUAACCAUACGUUAAGGUCUUCUUUGGUCGGCGGAGGCUGUCUUGCUUUGUUGAAGCAAGAGGAACUUCAUAUUGACAUAAGUACAACAGUUGAUAAUCUAAUUUACCUGGACAGUGCUAACAAAGAAAUUCAUUUCUCUGGUAUGCCAAACCUUAUCGGAUUACCUAUGACUUUCAGUGGCUUCACAAAGAAUCAUGAUUUAUAUUUCCACGGUUCUCAAACCUCUCGUACACAUUUAUUAGUUGGAUCAUAUUCUCCUUUAACCGGUACAUUAGUGAUUAUAACCACUCCAAAACCAUUCAGUGGUGCAUAUGAUAUACUAACCAGAUCAAUCUACAUAGGCUUCGGCUACGAUAUGUUCCGCUUCAACUUCGAGUUUAUGACCUACAGAGGCCUCCCAGUUGUUCAUAUCACUUACAAUAAGCAAGGGCCAAACCAGGGUGUUCCCCACAGAUGUAGAAUCGAUGCUACUGUCCCAAACUUUGAGCAAUGUGUCUCAAGUGCAGGACCAGGUACAACUUAUGUAUCAGGAACAACUCCAACUCCAAUAUCUACCAUAUCCAACUCUGCUAAUACAAGAAGUACUAGUACCGUUUCAAAAUCAACUGCUACUGGCUUGGUUAGUUCUGCUGACUUGAUAAGUUCUGUAGUAACGUCUUCUGCCGAUGUGGCACAAACAACUACCCCAGUCACCACAACUGCUGACUUGAUAAGUUCUGUAGUAACAUCUUCUGCCGAUGUGGCACAAACCACUACCCCAGUCACAACAACUACUGACUUUAUAAGCCCUGUAGUUACAUCUUCAGUUGUUGUAGCACCAAGUACUACCUCCACUACCGAGCUUACCUCCUUCAAACCAUCCAUAAUUUCCACUACAGAACGUACAUCCACUACCACAUCAAGAAAACCUGACGCUACUAUUACUGAAAGAAAGCGUUAA